CUUCUCAACCUCCCUCCACCACCUUGCCUCACAAAACAAGCAAACAAAGGUAAAAUGGCAAGGACAAUGGCAAUGGCGAUCCCUUCACUUCCUCUUCUCUUCCUCUUUACAUUUCUGCUUCUACUCCCACUUCUCAUUUCCUCUUCCCCUGUUCAAGACCCUGAGCUUGUUGUCCAAGAUGUUCACAGGGCUAUCAAUGCGUCCAGGAGGAACCUAGGGUAUCUCUCCUGUGGAACCGGAAACCCCAUUGAUGACUGCUGGAGAUGUGACCCCAACUGGGAGACUAAUCGCCAGAAGCUAGCUGAUUGUGCCAUUGGAUUCGGCAAGAACGCCAUUGGUGGAAGAGAUGGUAAGAUUUAUGUGGUCACUGACUCCGGCGAUGAUGACCCCGUUAACCCCAAACCAGGGACAUUACGGCAUGCGGUGAUUCAAGACGAACCGUUGUGGAUCAUUUUCGCUCGUGACAUGACCAUUCAGCUGAAAGAAGAGCUGAUAAUGAACUCAUUCAAGACCAUCGACGGUAGGGGCGCCAGCGUUCAUAUUGCAGGGGGUCCAUGCAUUACCGUUCAGUAUGUGACCAACAUUAUCAUUCAUGGACUCAACAUACACGAUUGUAAACAAGGAGGGAAUGCUAUGGUGAGGGACUCCCCACGUCACUAUGGUUGGAGGACGAUAUCAGACGGUGAUGGUGUUUCCAUCUUCGGUGGUAGCCAUGUUUGGGUUGACCAUAACUCCUUAUCAAACUGCAAAGACGGCUUGAUUGACGCUAUCCAUGGCUCCACCGCUAUCACCAUUUCCAACAAUUACAUGACUCACCAUGAUAAAGUCAUGUUAUUGGGACACAGUGAUUCCUAUACUCAAGACAAGAACAUGCAAGUCACUAUUGCCUUUAAUCACUUUGGUGAAGGCCUUGUCCAAAGAAUGCCACGAUGUAGACAUGGGUAUUUCCACGUGGUGAACAAUGACUAUACUCAUUGGGAAAUGUAUGCCAUUGGAGGAAGUGCUAACCCAACAAUAAACAGCCAAGGGAAUAGAUUUACUGCACCUGACAACAGAUUCAGCAAAGAGGUGACCAAGCAUGAGGAUGCACCGGAGAGUGAAUGGAAGAGCUGGAAUUGGAGAUCGGAAGGUGACCUAAUGGUGAACGGUGCAUUCUUUAUCGCGUCGGGUGCUGGCGCCUCGUCGAGCUAUGCCAAGGCUUCAAGCUUGGGUGCUAGGCCAUCUUCACUGGUGGCAACGAUAACGACCAAUGCUGGUGCACUUAAUUGCAAGAAAGGUUCACGUUGUUGAUGAUAAUGAUGGCGACACAUGUGAUUGAAACAAGACAGUUUAUUACAAGUGAUUGAAGUGAUUUAAUGUUGGGUUCUUGUGCAAUUACAUUUAGUCAGAGAAAUCAGAAAUGAUUUUUAAAAAGAAGGAAGGAUAAAGAAAAAGUCUAGAGUUAAAAGGAUUUCUGUGUUCCCUUCCAUUAUUUUUUUUUUCUUGGUUUAUUUAUUCAUGUAUGACGAUUACAACCUCGGCCUGUUGCUCUAAAAACAAGUGCAGAUGUGUUGAUAUAAUACUAAAAUUUUAAGUUAUUUUUC